AGAUCCGCCAGUGCACUUCCCACCGAUCUUAGACGGCAUGCCACGCGCCAGCGAACUGGGUGACAUCAUGCGCUCUUUGCCCUUCAGCGGCUUCGUCUCGCACGCGCGCGCCGCGCUCGAUCCCGUCGAGCGCGAUCUCUUCCAGGUCGACAUGGAAACCACGAUGUCGAGCUUUGACGCGUUCGACAGGGAGCUCGAGCGCAAGCUGGACGAGUACUAUGCCAGCUGCACGCUAUGGGACAACGACGAGGAAACCGAGUACUUCUUCAGCACGCCGCUAUGGGAGCAGCAGCCUAAGGGGCUACGGAACCGAGAUGCUCCAGCAAAGUCGAAUGUGGCCAUCACUGCGGUCGCGCGUUCAAAUACACAGAGCACCAAAGGAGGGAUCGGCGGUGGGAGAGCUAGUCGCGCACCCUCUGCCAUGUCCAAUCGCUCUGCCACUGGCAAAUCGAUCAAGGCUGCUCCCAGUGUGACAGGUGCAGGCAGUGCUAGCAGUGUGAGUGCGAAGAGAGCAGCCACGGUCAACAAGGGCGCUGUGUCAGCACGGGCAACCGCGUUGCGUCCUGGCUCGCGCAUCGUUGCCAACGCGAGUACCAGCGUAAACGGCGUGCGCUCCACCGCCGCUGCGACUGCGACUGCAUAUGCAAGCGUCGCUAGGCGCACGACCAGUACCGGCGCCGGUGCUGCCCCUUCCAAGCAAGCUGCAGCGGCAAGCAUGAGUGUAGCUUUGAGCCGAACACUUGGCAUUCAGACGCCAAGCUCAAUCACUUCCGCCGCGAGAAGUGGGGUGCGACCACCUGGCGUGCUUAGAGCAACGAAGCAGCAGGUGCGCCAGCCUGCGCCCUCGGCUACAAGAGCUGGCCCAGGAGCAUCAUCGAAGAAGCGUCCACCACCACUAUUUGACUGGCGCGCAAAUGAGCACGAUCGCCUUACCGAAUGGACCGAGACGACGCUUGCGCAGAUGGAGGCGGAGGUUGAUGCCCGCGUGGUGGAGCUGUGAGGCCGACAUUCACGGCUUGCGACGCAGCACGCUUUUCUCGCAGAUUGUAAUACUAGCACUUAGCACCCUUGUCAUGCCACUCAUGGCAAUUUGAUCAGCAUGUAUCCAGGAUUUUUCGCAAUGAUGA